AUGGACAACAACUCUUGGAUUACUAUUCCAGACAAAUUAUCAAAAAGGAAACUCAGAAUAGCGAAUAAAGCAACAUUUACUUUUAUUGAUGUUCUUAAUCGUGGAACUUAUUUCAAAACACUCAAGAGAGUUAUUAUUGAAUUUCUUUUUGAACGUGGAUACAAAGAAACAGAAUUACUUGAUUCACUUUUAUAUUUAAAAGAGCAAUACGAAAUCAAAAAAAAACAACCGCAUCAUCUUUCCUUACUUGGUUAUUGCUAUGAAUAUGGAAUCGGGACAAGGAUCGAUCGAGAAUACGCAGUAAAAAUUUAUCUUCAAGGUGAUGAAAACGGUGAUAA